UACUAGGUACAGAGUACAGACUAAUCACUAAAUUAGUAUUUUGAUUUUUUAACAUUGUUUUGGUAAUGUUUGUGUUUUUCUAAGUAAUCGAAGGCAAGUCUAGAACCGUAUUAUCAUUCAGGAUUAAUCUAGAAAUGUUGUACUUUUAAACAUUAUUCAGAAUUUGUCUAACAUGACACUAAAUAAUGAAGACAUACAGGAGCAAACGAAAAGGUUACGUUUUAAGAAUGUUAGUCAAUCUUCAGACAGAACCGAAAAUAAAAGCAAAGGUUGUGUAAAAAAUAGUUCCCUCUUUGCAUUUUUACAUGUGGAACUUACCAGAGGAUAUCUGUUAGAACAUGAUGAGGAAAGAUUUUCAGCAAGGAGAGAGAAGGUGUAUUCAUUUAUAAAAAUUCCACAAGAGCUUGAAAAGUUUAUGGUAUAUGGCUUUUUCCAGUGUGCCGAUUCUUUGCUAUUUGUAUACACAUUUCUUCCAAUAAGAUUUAUAAUGGCCUUUUGGUCUUUCUUGGACAGGUUGCUAAGAAGAUGCAUUGGUUUUUAUCCAUACACCAAUAGAAGCAUUUUAAAGCCAGCUGAAACAUGUGAUGUUCUGAAAGGGUUUAUUUUACUUAUAUGUAGUAUAUUAAUGUGUUAUAUUGAUACAAAUAUGAUGUAUCAUUUAGUUAAAAGUCAAAGUGUUAUGAAGCUCUAUAUUUUUUAUAAUAUGCUAGAGGUUGGGGAUAGAUUGUUCUCUGCGUUUGGGCAAGAUACUAUAGAUGCUUUAUUUUGGACUGCAACAGAACCUCGAGAUAGAAAACGAGAGCAUCUUGGUGUGAUUCCACAUCUUAUAUUUGCCAUGAUCUAUGUCUUUUUGCACAGCCUUCUAGUUCUGUUCCAAGCCACAACUCUUAAUGUGGCUUUUAAUUCAAACAACAAAAGCCUUUUAAUAAUCAUGAUGUCAAACAAUUUUGUAGAGCUCAAAGGCAGUGUUUUCAAGAAGUUUGACAAGAACAACUUAUUUCAAGUGUCGUGUAGUGAUGUUAGAGAGAGGCUGCAUUUGUCUGUGCUGUUGUUUAUAGUUGUUCUACAGACUAUGAAAGAGUUCACAUGGAAAGAGGAAAGGUUUUGGAUUCUCGCUCCAGACUGUGUAUUGGUACUGGCAUUCGAAGUUAUUAUUGACUGGGUAAAACAUGCUUUUAUCACUAGGUUUAACGAAAUACCAUUUGGAGUAUACCGGGAGUAUACAGUGAGCUUAGCAUACGAUGUAGCACAGACUCGACAGAAGUACGCGUUCAGUGACCAUUCGGACUUGGUGGCUCGGAGGAUGGGAUUCAUACCGCUACCGCUGGGCGUGGUCAUAACUAGAGUCCUUGUGCAUGCUGUCAAAGUUGAUGGGGUUGCCGCGUUGUUUUUGAUUUUUGUCGCAUACUUAUGUUUGCUAUCAGUAAGAGUAUUAGUAUCUAUUGUGAUUUUGGGUAAAGCGUGUGACUUAAUAACGCUGCACCAGACCGAAAAAAAUGAAAGCCAUCAAACGACGCCCAAACGGGAGCACAAAGAUUUCAAGGAAAUACACGUACAUAAGUCACCCGAGACGGAAACAAUGGACAAGAAACCCGCUUCGUUGAAGCUUUUAGUUCCUGCUGAUCUCAUGAUCGAGCCUCUGGUGGACGCGUCAGUCGGCGCGGCGGCCAUAUUCUCCAACAGUGCCAUAGACUUGAACGGCGUGUGUUAUCUCAACGACAAAAUGAAUGCGCCUGUCAAACCAGAGCCUCAGGACUAUCAUGACAGUGAACUCGUCGACGUAAGCCGUAGUGCGCCAGAUAUCAACCAGGCGGCGCGGGCCUCAGUGUUGCCAGAGACUGAGGCUGUGGAGCGACCGCACUCGCCGGAUGCCGCGCCCGACGGUCUCAAGCGGCGGUCAGAGUCCGAACCGAACCUGGUGAAGGCCGACGACGAAGCUGCGUAGAAGGGGGGCUCCAGUAGAACGCUUCUUUCUCCGAUGCCGGCAAGAUUAUUAUUAUUGUAUAAACAUUACUGUGUUUCAGUCUGAAGAGCGCCGUACAUAGUGAAAUUUCUGAUCAAUUGGGACUUAACAUUCUAUGUCUCAAGGUGACGAGCGCAAUUGUAGUGCCGCUCAGAAUUUUUGGGUUUUUCAAGAAUACUCAGCGGCACUGCAUUGUAAUGGGCAGGGCAAUUACCACUAGCUGAAGGUCCUGAUCGUCUCAUCCCUUAUUUUCAUGAAAAGAAGCUGCGUAGGGCUCAUACAGCGACAUACAGGGUUCAUGGACCAUCUAGGCGCUGAGGCGAAAUCGACUCAACAAAUCAUGUUUUUUUUAUAAAAAAGACGUAUAAUACUAAUAUUGUUUCAUUCACCGAUUUAAAUUGUCGUCACGUAUUUAAUAUGUGUAUAACUUUGAUUCUAAUACUAUGUGCCACUAUAGUAUGAAGAACCCCGCACGAUAAAGAUUCUUAGAAUAACUGUGGACGAAUAUUUGAUACACUGUUCGAGUAAUUAAUUCAAACAUUUUCUUUAUUAUUAUUGUUAUAGUAUCUCGUAUUUUUUACGAUCAACUUUUGUUUCUUAUUAUAAAUAAAUUCCAAAACUGUUGAGAAUGCAUUAUUUUAAAAAAACUGUAACAUAACAAGCACGGUCGUCGUGUACAACCUCACAACUUUACGUAGAUACUAUCCCCCUUAUUUAUAAUGGUCCGCUAACUUUAAACAGCCGCUAAGGAGUGUUUUUCUCAUUCUGACUUAGGUCAAUAGAAGAAGACAGAGUGAGAAUUAGCAAUGCUUUUAGUUAGCAGACUUAUGAAUAAGGGGGUAUAUAUAUAGGUACUACAACGAAGUGCUACCGGCUCAUGUGCUUUAUUAUCAACAGAGCCUGUUUGAAAGCCUCUCGUAUUUAUGAAACAAGCAAACCCUGGCGCCUGGCCAAGUACAUAAUGUAAUAACUACGUUAUAUUAUAUCUAGUGACGGUCGAAGCAUACGUACAAUUCCUCUUGGUAACUAUAUAAAAGAUUUCUGUUCACUACAUCGGUUUGUUCUCUUGGUUGUUGAGGUACGUUUAAAAAAAACGACCAGUUUUUGUGUUUCUUUGUUUUAUUAUGGAAAAGGCGGACAAACGAGCAUCUUUCAUACAUCACCUGGUGUUAAGUGAUCACCGCCGCCUACAUUCUCUUGUAACACCAGAGGAAUUACAGGAGCGUUGACAACCGUUAAGGAAGGUGUAUGCGCUUUUUUUGGAGGUGAUUUGUUUAAAAUUUGUUCUGCUAACAAGGUUUUGUUCUAUCAUCUUUGACAAUAUUAAAUUAUAAAAAUGUCUCCCGCAGCAUUUUGAAGUCUCGCAUUCCACAACGCGCGUUUGCUCACCCCCCCCCUAAUUGCCUGCGUCAUACAUCUAUUCAUUAGAUAGUAGAUUAUGGGUACCACAACGGCGCCUAUUUCUGCCGUGUAGCAGUAAUGUGUAAACAUUACUGUGUUUCGGUCUGAAGGGCGCCGUAGCUAGUGAAAUUACUGGGCAAAUGAGACUUAACAUCUUAUGUCUCAAGGUGACGAGCGCAAUUGUAGUGGCACUGUAUUGUAAUGGGCAGGGCGUAUCAAUUACCUGAACGUUGAACGUCCUGCUCGUCUCGUCCCGUAUUUUCAUAAAAAAAAUAAAAUAAAGACAAUGCCAUAGUUAUUAGUUUCGUUUGUUAAAUUUUAUUUUAAGACUGAGGUGCUUCGGCUUAAUUUUAAUGUUAUUCUUGUGGUGUCCGACAAAACAAAUGUAUUUAUAUUAAUUUGUUUAUGUAGAGAUUUGAAGAGUGCUCUCAUAUAUUGAAUAUAGUUGUUGUUGAUAAUUGUGAAAUGCUAGAAUUUAUAAUGUGCUGAUAAUCUGUGCUUUUCCAACUGUCAUGUCCCGUCGAUGUCAUUAUGUAUCUUCACAGGAAACCUAUUCAUUGUUAUUAUACUUGUUUUUUUUUUUUAAUCUUGUCUAUUCUAUUUAUAUUAUUUAUUUGAUGAGAAAUUAAUGUAUAUAGUGAUAUUUAUUACAUGGUUUUGAGUAUA